AUGCAGCUUACAGUCCUCGCCUCUCUUCUUGCCUCUGUGGCUAUGACCGCCAGUGCCGCACCUUCCACCGGCAUUGAGGCCCGUCAGGGAGUUCCCCGAGUCCGCGCCACUUUCUACCGUGACCAAGAAUGCGGCCGCGACGGCCGGCCUUAUGCCGAUGACUUCGUCCCACUCCAAAACACCACCGCCACCGGCCUGAGCACGUGCAUGAAUUUCCCCCCCUCGUUCAACUACCCUAGCACAUUCUUUAACGAGACCAUGCUCACGAGGACACUCCGUUUCUAUGAUCUUCCUUGCGAGCAACUUACCGACGUUGGCAGUGGACAUCACAUCGAUAUCGCGCCUGGCUUCAUGCCUGGUUGCCAGAACUUGACACUCAAGUCUUAUGUCACUUUGUAG